AUGCCAACAGGCGGAACCUUCACUCAUCUGGCUCUGAAUUACAGUUAUUCAAAUUCCUUUGAAUCCAGAAAUGGAACUUCCAAGGCAAUUGUGGUUCUGACAUACGGGAAGUCUCAUAGUCAAAAUGAGACCCAUAAAGCAGCAGAUGACCUUCGGUCAAUUGGAGUGGAGGUUUAUGCAGUGGGAGUGGGUAGUGAAUUCAUGUACUCUGACCUACAGGCCAUAGCUAACGAUCCAGACACAGAUUAUAUCUAUCACCUGGACGACUUUGUAUAUCUCUGUAACGUCAUUCCAGGCAUCGUCCAUAAAUUAGAGAACACUGCAGUACCAAUCUCAGACUCAGGCUGUCCAGAAAUAACAACAACAACAUCACCGAAGAUUAAUGCAACGACAGACGAGACAAUAUCAACAACGACAGAGGAGUCAACGUCUAUCGCAGACAAUACAACAGUUAACUGA